AUGCAUGCGGUAGCCGGCUUCCGCUCGUCAUCUUUAAGCUCAGAUAUGGAGGCUGACGUUCAAACCAUUUCAUCAACACUCUACAACACUAAAAUCGACAAUGAUAAUAAGGCUGAUGAAGACGUACCGAUGGAGACUGAUCAGGAGGGCAGUGGAAAUGGAGAAUCAAACAUGUCCACUCGAAUGGACGUGCUGCUCGAGGACCAAAAGAGUUUAUUAAUCGAGGCAGCAUCAUUUGAUUUCUCGUCAGCAGUGGAUUGCAUCGUCGGAUUGGUCUUUACUGUGCAAGAUGAUAUAGCAUUCAUUGGUGACAUGUUCUCUCAUCUCUUCCAUUCUCUAUGGAUUUCGAUGAGUGAAGAGGAGAGGAAUUACAUUGGAGGAUUGGCAGUGCCUUUUAUGACAUCGGGCGUUCAUGUGCAGCAAGCCCAUGCUGUUCAUCCAGUGAUCAAUAUUCUCUUAGAAACUUUCUCACAGUGUAAUCCACCAAUUCACAUUGACGCUAAUGCAACACAGUACAUCUCUCGCUUUUAUCAUUCAUGGCAUCGUGGGAUCUUGUUGCUCGAAAAUCGGGCGCUCUGUAUUCCACCCAUGCUCAAUAAUACAGUGUGUGCACAGCAAGCUCCUGAUGCAAUACUUCAAGAGAACAUGGGUGACGUCGAGGAAGCGUUGGAAUGGGGCCAGUCGGCUGCUCGCACAUUGCUUCAUCGAAUGGAAAACCAGUUUGGGAAAAAUGCCAUCACUGAAGCUAAUUUUAGAGAAUAUGAAUUCCUUGAUAGCUCUUACAUA